AUUUAUCCGGAAGGAUUUGUGGCGUUCAGCUUUCCCGAAUACGUGCAGCCACCGUACACGUUUCCGAACCCGUCGUGGCCAAGGGGACACGAUCCCAGUUUUGUCGCCGUUUUUCUGACCGCCCAGAGCUUCGUUCACGUUGGCGACCAUCGGCUGAGCCAUGUUUGGUACCGAACGAUCACAAGACGUCAAUUCGACCACCGAAGGAGAAGCACUAAUACUGCGGGUGAAGAAUCGCAUGCUUCAUAUGACGGCCAUGCCAUCGAUGACCACUUGCUAGACGAGAUCACGAGCAACAUACACGAAAAUGCGGUUGGCAGCAGGGGUUUUAUUGCUGACUACGCACUGCUAGUAACAUGGGAGCAGCUUGGCUACGGGGGACAGCCACGGUACCUGCGAUUAGACCAGUACAAUGAGGUCAAAAAGUGGCAAAACACGUAUCAGGCGGUUCUAGCGACGGACGAGCAUCGUUCAUACGCGAUCUUCAACUACGCCCAUGUCAACUAUACCUCGUCCACGUCGGCAGGGACUCUUCGUGGCCGAGGCGGCAAGCAAUCUGCGAUAGUCGGCUUCAACGGGGGCAACGGGACGGGUUUCUGGCAUUUCCCGUACUCAGCUAACGGCGAUUCAUACAAACUGGCGGAGUUCGGCAGCUGCCUUAGCAAAGGCCAGUGGAUGGCUCGCAUCGACGAACAAAUCCUGUAUGCCGGUACACUGCAGCUCAGUUCAACGUGGCUGAACAUGAUCGGGGGCAGUUCGAUUAACGUCUCUGGUCCGUGUUUCAGUCGUGAAGAUCACAUCACCAUUGACCAUACUGAUCCUGUUGCAUUUCAGAUCAACAUGGUCGUCGCCAGAUGUUUUGUUCCAAUGAAUGCCUUGUUCAAAGUCGGCUUAGUGACCGCACAGCUGGCCCGAGACGGUCAAAGCUACGACUGGGUCACCCAAGCUUAUAUCUUUCCUCCAGAUUUGGCUCGCUCACCGCUUUACUUGUUAAACGGUGGACCGGCAACCAUUCCAGCAUGGGACUGGUAUCAGGCUGUUCCGACGAAUCUUACCAUUACAUGGGCAGCAGCGAAUAUCUCAACUAAUCCUAACUCCAAGGUCGACAUUGUGCUCUGGGGUUACUGGGAAGAUUACAUCGACAGAGACUUUAUUCCUGUGAGUACGUGGGUUUGA